AUGGAGCGUGCGUACAUGGCUCGACCAGAGUGCACUCCUUUUGAUACAAUGAGCUUUGCCACUUUUGUAGAGGGAUUUGAUUUGCUGGAAAGAAAAAAUGGUAGUAGGUUAAACCAGGAACUAUGGGAAAGAAGUGAUGGUGGAGGGUACAUUAAGAGGCGAGAUAAAUCUCAAGUAAUUUGCAUGUCACCAUGGAUUGCACCUGACAGUACCAAUGCCAAUUUCUGCUACGCCGAACUGUUUCUUCAUGUACCAUGGCGCUCUUUGGACGAAUUACCGAAAAGCGAUGAAGAAUGUGUCGCGGCAUUUAUCGAUGCACAGGAGAAAAGCUUGGGCACAGAGCUCAUGCAGGAAGCAAAAAAUUGCACGUCAGUAUAA